AAUCUCCGGACCCAUCCGCGUGGAUUUCCUCCGCCAUGGGUGCUACGGAAAGCUGCCAGCGCUGCUGCGGACGGGACUGGGAACUUCUGGAGGAUGGAGGAGGCCGGCGGCCCCUGUACCCCACCAGCGAGGUCUCGGAGCCUUUAAGCGUCAGGGGCCCUGUGGUGGACCCCCGUCAGCUGCUGGCGGACUUCCUGUGCGCCGGGGACGACCGUGGCCCGGGUGGCUUCCUGCAGCAGCAGGCCUUGCUGAAGAGGGCGGACGGCGAUGACACCAAGUGGUUCGCCGUGUUCCGGCCCACCAGCGUUGACGCGAUCAACAAGAUGAUGGACGGCUCUGGGACGGGGAAAGGUCUCAAUGUGAAGGGCAAGUCAGCAAAGUCUGGCCGCCUUUCAGGCUUCGUCCCGGUGCUGCAGAUCAGCGAGAACCGCCACAAGGCGCAGGUCUGUACAUCGCCCCCCGAGGCUCGCGUCAGAAUCUACUUCCCCCGGGAGGAGAUGUGCACGUCCGUGCUGCUGCGCAUGCGAAAGGCCUUGGACGACAUGUCACGGGUGGCGCGAGCCGCCUCUGAACGGCUGCAGUUGCAUAAGGCGGGCAAGCGGCCACUGACGGAUGAAGAGGAGGCCAAAGCCUUCAAGGACCUGUUGAUGGAGGUGGAGGAUGACUCCAUGCACGUGCUGCAGCUCUACAGCCCCGAGGCUUGGGGCUUGGACGUCCCGGAGCGAGUCUUUCGGGAAGUGUACAUCACCAGGGGCAACAUCAUCAGGGAUGGCGACUGGAAGACCGGCCGUCCUUCCGAGCCGGCGUUCAUGGACAUGA